AUGAUGUGGUCCAACUUCUUCAUGCAAGAGGAGGACCGGCGGCGCGGGGUCACCGGGCUGCGCAGGGCCCGGCCGCGGUCCAGGCUGACGCCGGAGCUGGAGGGCAAGACCAAGCUGGUGCUGCUGCUGGCCGCCGUGGGCGCCACGCUGGCCGUGCUGGCCGUGGGCACCGAGUUCUGGGUGGAGCUCAACACCUACAAGGCCAAUGGCAGCGCCGUGUGCGAAGCCGCGCACCUGGGGCUGUGGAAGGUCUGCGCCAAGCGCCUGUGGCAGGCCGACGUUCCCGCGGGCAGGGAGACCUGUGGCCCCGCGGAGCUGCCCGGAGAGGCAAACUGCACCUACUUUAAAUUCUUUACCACGGGGGAGAACGCGCACAUAUUCCAGAGAACCACGAAGAAAGAGGUGAAUCUGGCGGCCGCGGUGGUAGCAGUGCUGGGCCUGGUAGCCAUGGCCUUGGGGUGCCUCUGUGUCAUCAUGGUGAUCAGCAAAGGGGCGGAGUUCCUGCUCCGGGUGGGGGCCGUCUGCUUUGGCCUCUCAGGCCUGCUGCUCCUGGCGAGCCUGGAGGUGUUCCGGCAUUCCGUGUACGCCCUGCUGCAGAGCUCCAGCCCCGAGCCGCCCCCCGCCCCCGCCCUCACCUACGAGUACUCCUGGUCCCUGGGCUGCGGCAUGGCGGCCGGCCUGGUCCUGCUGCUGGCGGGGGGCUGCUUUCUGCUGCUCACGCUGCCCUCCCGGCCCUGGGGCUUGCUCUGUCCCAAGCAGGCGCAACGGGCCACCUAG